AUGCGGUUCCUACUGUGCCUGCUGGCUGCGGCCGUUGCGGCCUCGCCAGUGACCGUGCAGCAGCCGUUCGGUGAGCAGGUCGAGAAGGGCGACGAGGCUGCUUCGCGCCGGCUGCAUGGCCGAUUCUUACACAUUACAGAUGUGCACUUGGACAGGUUCUACCAACCAGGUUCCUCUCCGAGCAAGGCCUGCCACCGGGGAAAGGGAAAAGCGGGAUACUUGGGAGCCGCCGGCAGCGACUGCGACUCGCCGUAUGCGCUGGUCAACGAGACUUUCGACUGGAUCGAGAAGAAUCUCAAAGACCAGAUCGACUUUGUCGUCUGGACCGGCGAUUCGGCCCGCCACGACAACGACGAGCGCAUCCCGCGGACUGAGAGCCAGAUCGAGGAGUUCAACCAGGUCCUCGUCGACAAGUUUGUGGAGGUCUUUAGGGCGAGAAAUGACCCGACGGGGAAUCUCCUCAUCCCCAUCGUCCCGACCAUCGGCAACAACGACGUUAUGCCACACAACAUCUUCACCAAAGGGCCGAACGUGUGGACCAAGAAGUUCGCCAAGAUGUGGAAGAAGUUCAUCCCUGAGGAACAGCGCCAUACCUUUGUCGAAGGCGGCUGGUUCUGGAGCGAGGUGAUUCCCGACAAGCUGGCCGUCGUCAGCCUGAACACGAUGUACUUUUUCGACUCGAACCACGCGGUCGACGGCUGCAAGGCCAAGUCGGAGCCGGGCUAUCAGCACAUGGAAUGGCUGCGCGUGCAGCUGCAGCUGAUGCGGGAGCGCGGCAUGAAGGCGAUCCUGAUGGGGCACGUGCCGCCCGCCCGCUCGGGGGACAAGCGCAGCUGGGACGAAUCGUGCUGGCAGAAGUACGCGCUGUGGCUGCGGCAGUACCGCGACGUGGUCGUGGGGAGCCUCUACGGGCACAUGAACAUCGAUCACUUUAUCCUGCAGGAUAUGCACGACAUAACGAUUGCAGAUGUGAUGGAUGAGACGAGCGGUCUACAAGAUCCUAGUCACGACGACGACAACGACCUGACGGCGCAAUCUCGGACGAGCUACCUGGCCAGUCUCCGGGACGACUGGUCGAGGAUGCCAUCUCCACCACCCCCUAUUCUGGAAGAUGGAUGGGCAGAAAACAGUCCGAUCGAUGCCCAGGACAAGAAGAAAAAAUUCAUGAAGCAAAUCGGCGGCCCGUGGGCGGAGCGCUAUGCGGUGUCGCUGGUGUCGCCGAGCGUGGUUCCCAACUACUAUCCGACGCUGCGCGUGUUCGAGUACAACAUCACGGGACUGGAAGAUUCGCUCACGUGGGCGCUAGCCCGCAACCGCUCCCAGCCAGAUGCGGUCGUGUCGAAGAAAAAGAACAAGUUCAAGAUCCCCGAGCCGCCGUCGCCGGCUGCUCCGCCGGGUCCGGCGUACUCGAACCAGCCGCUGACAUUGCUGGGCUACACGCAGUACUAUGCCAACCUGACGCGGUUGGAAGCGGACAAGAGCAAGCCCGACAAUCCGCGAAAGCCCGUUCCCAUCGAGUUUGAAGUCGAGUAUCACACGCGGGGCGAUGACAUUUACCGGAUGAAGGAUCUGACGGUGCGCAGUUUCUUCAAGCUGGCAACGCGGAUUGCCAAGAAGGAACCGGACAAAGCAGAUCGCCUAGACGGCAGUAUCGACACGACGAAGAAGAAAAAGAAGAAGAAGAAGAAGAAGGGUAAGAGUGGCAAGACGCACUAUAAAAACAAAGUAUGGCAUGCAUUUCUGAACCGGGCGUUUGUGGGGUUUCUGGAUGAUGAUGACCUUGACGAGAUUGCUAGUAUUGACUGA